ACAACUCGCAAACAUGGCAAAUGCAAGACGAAUCCUUGUCGUCGCAGGGUCUGACAGCUCAGGUGGCGCGUAAGGGUGUACCCUCUGAAGAAUGUGCCGACCAGAAAGUCAUUGCGGCUCAUGGCUGUUAUGCUAUGACUGCAACUACUGCUUUGACCGCGCAAAACACUCUGGGCGUUACCGGUAUCCACGAAACACCAUCGGAAUUUGUGAANAAAUGUAUCGACGCCUGCGCUGAAGAUGUUGGUAUUGAUGUAGUCAAGACUGGCAUGUUGGCCUCGGCGGGCACCAUACAGGUCGUUGCAGACGCUUUGAGGAAGUACAAGCCCGCAUGCAGCAUCGUUGAUCCGAGACAANNGGUCAUGGUCGCGACGAGUGGAGCAAGGCUUCUCAAGGAGGAAGCUAUCAAAACACUGUGCACAGAGCUCCUACCUGUCACAGGUCUAAUCACACCCAACAUUCCGGAAGCACUCCUGUUACUCGAAGAAUCCGGUAACAAAUUUAACGACAUCAAGGAUUUGGAUGGCAUGAAGCAACUGGCAAAGGCUGUUGCUGGGCUGGGUCCCAAGAGUGUGCUGAUCAAAGGCGGACACAUUCCCUUGAAGAAGAACUAUGAGGUUGCCACCACCGACGAUGAGAAAGAAGUAUUGAUCAACGUGCUCUAUACCGAUGGCAACUUCUGUGUUUUCGAGUCAAAGUACCAAGUUGCGAGAAACACUCACGGCACCGGAUGCUCGCUUGCUUCUGCGAUUGCCUGCAAUGUUGCAAAUGGCCUUAGCAUGGAACGAGCAGUGCGUGCUGCUGGUCGCUAUGUCGAGGCUGGUAUCAAAACCAGUGCCGAUCUCGGUAAAGGCUCUGGUCCGAUCAACCACUUCCAUUCUCUCAACAUCAUGCCGUUCCCGCCUGGCGGCUUUGUGGACUGGUUGUUAGAGCGUGAGGAUGUUCAGCAAGUUUGGAAAGAGUUCACACAGCAUGGGUUUGUUGAGAAGAUGGGCGAUGGCACUCUGCCUGUGGAGAGAUUCAAGUUCUACAUGACUCAAUUCGCUAGAGCUAACGCACUCGCUGGCUACAAGGCUAAAACCCUGGAGGGUGUUGCAGCACGUCUUUCCCUGCUCCAAGAUCCCUCUGCGCCUAAGAAUGCGAAUCGCUACCGCCAGUGGAUUGAUAACUACAUUGCUGAUGACUACACCCAAGCUAGAAGUGAUGUUGACGUUGCCCCAGAAUUGGUUGAGGGUCAUGUAUCCAAGCAAUCUCCAUCGAGAAUUGAAGAACUGGUCCAGAUUUUUAUCCACGCAACCAAGAUGGAAUGUGGAUUCUGGGACAUGGGAAUGGGUGCC